AUGUAUACACCACUCUCACCUCAACCUCUAGCAGACGCCGAAGCAUAUCAUCGCUUCCUGAGACACAACGAACACAUUCUUCUACAGAUCAAAAUGUCCGUCAUUGUCUUCAUUGGUGGUGUUAUCAUCGCCAUUUGUGUGGUGUAUAUUGUCAUUCAGUGCAGGACUAACGUGCUCAAGCCGAUCUUCCGACAAGCCAACAGCCGGCGGACAUCUAGUGCAGGGUCUACAGACACGCCUGCUUCUAGAGACACUUUAGAACACCUGCUACCUCCGGAUAAAAACAACUUCCCGAUGAAGAUAAGAAAAGACACAGAGUUUUAUGUGUGA